AUGCUGAGCCCAACGGCAUUUACGAUUAAAUCCUUAUUUUACAGGACGGCAACCGUAUCCCAAGCAAAGAUAUUUGGGUGGUGUGGUUACAAAAUGGUGGUAGGAUAA